AUGUCCCCAGUAUCCCCCUCACCCCCGAAGUCCUCCAUAUCCUACCAUGUCCCUGUGUCCCCCCAUGUCCUUGACCAUGUCCCUGAUGUCCCCGUGUCCCCCCAGAAGCUCGAGGGCUCCAAGAGCCGGGGGCAGCUCCUGAUCUUCGGUGCCACCAACUGGGACCUGAUCGGCCGCAAGGAGGUGCCCAAGCAGCAGGCGGCGUACCGGAACCUGGGCCAGAACCUGUGGGGGCCUCACCGCUACGGGAGCCUGGGGGGGCUGCGCGUGCGCUCGGUGGUGUCGGGGCCCUGCGCCGCCCACAGCCUGCUGAUCACGGCCGAGGGCAAGCUCUGGAGCUGGGGGCGGAACGAGAAGGGGCAGCUGGGCCACGGCGACACGAAGCGCGUGGAGGCGCCGCGGCCGAUCGAGGCCCUGGGCAGCGAGGCCAUCGUGGCGGCCGCCUGCGGCAGGAACCACACCCUGGCCCUGACCGAGAGCGGCUCGGUGUUCGCCUUUGGGGAGAACAAGCUGGGCCAGCUGGGGCUGGGGAACCAGACGGACGCCGUGCCCAGCCCCACCCAGGUACGGACCCCAAACCCCAAAUUGGGGGGAAAUCUGGGCAUUUGGGGGCUUCCAGACGGGGCGGUUCGGGCUGACCCCGCAGGAUGCCCCGUUCCCAUUUCAGGCCACAAUUCCGAUGGGAAGUUCAUCGCGCGGGCGCAGCGCAUCGAGUACGACUGCGAGCUGCUGCCGCGGCGCGUGGCGCUCUUCGUGGAGCGCACCAAGGACGGGCAGGUGCUGCCCGUGCCCAACGUCGUGGUCAGGGACGUGGCCUGCGGGGCCAACCACACGCUGGUGCUGGAUUCCCAGAAGCGCGUGUUCUCCUGGGGCUUUGGGGGCUACGGGCGCCUGGGCCACGCGGAGCAGAAGGACGAGAUGGUUCCCAGGCUGGUGAAGCUCUUCGACUUCCCGGGACGCGGCGCCGCCCAGAUCUACGCGGGAUACACCUGCUCCUUCGCCGUCAGCGAGACAGGUGGAUUGUUCUUCUGGGGCGCCACCAACACCUCCCGGGAGUCCACCAUGUACCCCAAGGCCGUGCAGGACCUGUGCGGGUGGAAGAUCCGCAGCCUGGCCUGCGGGAAGAGCUCCGUCAUCGUGGCGGCCGACGAGAGCACCAUCAGCUGGGGGCCCUCGCCCACCUUCGGGGAGCUGGGAUAUGGGGACCACAAACCCAAAUCGUCCACGGCGGCGCAGGAGGUGAAAACCCUGGAUGGGAUCUACACCGAGCAGGUGGCCAUGGGCUAUUCCCACUCCCUGGUGAUCGCCCGGGACGAGUCGGAGGCGGAGCAGGAGAAGCUGCGGAAGCUGCCGGAGUACAACCCCCGCACCCUCUGAGGGGCCCCGAUCCCGAUCCCGAUCCCAAUCCCGCUUCUCCAUCCCGGCCGCCGUGCUCCCUCCCCCUUCCCGCACUCCCAGCCCUCGGGGGGGUCAUUCCCACCCCCAUUCCCGGCUUUUGGAAUUCCCGACCACAGCCGGGCCUUCCGGCACGUCCCGCCCCGGGUUUUGUAGGGUCUGCCCUUGAGUUAUUUUUUAUUUUAUUUGUAUUUUUCAGCAGCUUUUUUUUACUGUUUCCCAUUUUUCCAGCCCUGGAUCUCCACAGCUGCCGGCUCGGGAUCACUUUGGGGAUCUGAUCCCGGCUUGGGAUCCCUUUAGGGAUCUGGGAUCCCUAAAGAGCAGCUGCCAAUGCCUGGUUUUCCCCCUAUAUUCCCAUUUUUUCCCCCCAGCAUUCCCAUUUUUUUGCUGGUUUUCCCUACUCUGGGUGCUACAGUUUUCGGGAUUUCCCCCUCCCACCCCUCCAGCAUCCGCAGGGAUCCCAGAUCCCAUCCCAGCAGCAUUCCUGGAUCCCAUCCCAGCAGCAUUCCCAGGCUCCCCGCCCUCGCCCACCCCGGGGACAUCUCAGGGAUCACGAGGGGAGUCCCAAAGGAAUUUUUUUCCCGGGAAUUCGGAGUUUUUUCCUUCUGGCGGAUGGUUUGGCCCGGGAUCAGCCGGAAUUCCCGCAUUCCCAGUUCCCUCCGUGCCAGGUCACUGUGCUGGAAUCUCGAGGUGCCUUCAGGAGCAGAGCCCGCCUCUGCCCCGCGCCAUUCCCGCUCCCUUCGGGCCGUUUUUAGGGAUUCUCCUGGAUUUUUCCAUGGAUUUUUGCUCCUUCCCAUCUCCCCCGGGGCGGCGCUCGGGGAGUUUGCAGUAAAAAAUAAAUGGGUUUUGGUCAA